GCAAGCUCGCGCCGCACACAGCCUGCCGGAGGGAAGGAGCUCGGGCGCCGCUCCCCGCUCCCCGCCCGCACCACCCCGCCGCCCGCCCGCAAAGCAUGAGCGAGCCCGCUCUCCGCAGCAGCCCCGGGCGCGAAUGGCAAGCGGUCUCCGCGGAGUAAAAGGUGGCACCGGUCAGUGGUCCUUUCCAAUGACGGACAUUAACCAGACUACCAAAUCCAGGGGAGUCGUGAGCCCCGAGUUUGGAGUUUUUUUUUUUUUUUUUUUUUUUUUUUUUCCCCCACAACGUCACAGUCCGAACUGCAGAGGGAAAGGACAGCGGCAGGAAGGCGAAGCCCGGCGCCGGCACGUAGUUGGGAAACUUGCGGGUCCUAGAAGUCGCCUCCCCGCCUCGCCAGCCGCCCUUGCAGCCCAGAGCCGAGCAGCAAAGUGAGACAUUGUGCGCCUGCCAGAUCCGCCGGCCGCGGACCGGGGCUGCCUCGGAAACACAGAGGGGUCUUCUCUCGCCCUGCAUAUAAUUAGCCUGCACACAAAGGGAGCAGCUGAAUGGAGCAUCUAACAUGGACCAAAUCACCGUCUCUUUGAUCUUUCCGUGGCUGUGAACUUUCUAUGCUGCCCAGCUUUCUGCAUGCUUAGAGAUUUCUGACCGAGCGCUUCCAAUGGACAUUCUCCAGCCUCUCUGGAAAGAUUCUCGCUAAUGGAUUUCCUGCUGCUCGGUCUCUGUCUAUACUGGCUGCUGAGGAGGCCCUCGGGGGUGGUCUUGUGUCUGCUGGGGGCCUGCUUUCAGAUGCUGCCCGCCGCCCCCAGCGGGUGCCCGCAGCUGUGCCGGUGCGAGGGGCGGCUGCUGUACUGCGAGGCGCUCAACCUCACCGAGGCGCCCCACAACCUGUCCGGCCUGCUGGGCUUGUCCCUGCGCUACAACAGCCUCUCGGAGCUGCGCGCCGGCCAGUUCACGGGGUUAAUGCAGCUCACGUGGCUCUAUCUGGAUCACAAUCACAUCUGCUCGGUGCAGGGGGACGCCUUUCAGAAACUGCGCCGAGUUAAGGAACUCACACUGAGUUCCAACCAGAUCACCCAACUGGCCAACACCACCUUCCGGCCCAUGCCCAACCUGCGCAGCGUGGACCUCUCGUACAACAAGCUGCAGGCUCUGGCGCCCGACCUCUUCCAUGGGCUGCGGAAGCUCACCACGCUUCACAUGCGGUCCAACGCUAUCCAGUUCGUGCCGGUGCGCAUCUUCCAGGACUGCCGCAGCCUCAAGUUUCUUGACAUCGGAUACAAUCAGCUCAAGAGUCUGGCGCGCAACUCUUUCGCCGGCUUGUUCAAGCUCACCGAGCUGCACCUGGAGCACAACGACUUGGUCAAGGUGAACUUCGCCCACUUCCCGCGCCUCAUCUCCUUGCAUUCCCUCUGCCUGAAGAGGAACAAGGUGGCCAUUGUGGUUAGCUCGCUGGACUGGGUUUGGAACCUGGAGAAAAUGGACCUGUCGGGCAACGAGAUAGAGUACAUGGAGCCCCAUGUGUUCGAGACCGUGCCGCACCUGCAGUCUCUGCAGCUGGACUCCAACCGCCUCACCUACAUCGAGCCCCGGAUCCUCAACUCCUGGAAAUCGCUGACGAGCAUCACCCUGGCCGGGAACCUGUGGGACUGCGGGCGCAACGUGUGCGCCCUGGCCUCGUGGCUCAGCAGCUUCCAGGGGCGCUACGAUGGCAACUUGCAGUGCGCCAGCCCCGAGUACGCGCAGGGCGAGGACGUCCUAGACGCCGUGUACGCCUUCCACCUGUGCGAGGAUGGGGCCGACCCCACGAGCGGCCACCUGCUCUCGGCCGUCACCAACCACAGUGACCUCGGGCUCCCGGGCAGCCCGGCCACCACGCUCGCUGACGGCAGGGAGGGGCAGCUCGACGGCACGCAGGAGCCGGCUACUGUGGCUCUCCCAGGCGGCGAGCAUGCCGAGAACGCCGUGCAGAUCCACAAGGUGGUCACAGGCACCAUGGCCCUCAUCUUCUCUUUCCUCAUCGUGGUCCUGGUGCUCUAUGUCUCCUGGAAGUGUUUCCCAGCUAGCCUCAGGCAGCUCAGACAGUGCUUUGUCACGCAGCGCAGGAAGCAAAAGCAGAAACAGACCAUGCAUCAGAUGGCUGCCAUGUCUGCCCAGGAAUACUACGUUGAUUACAAACCGAACCACAUUGAGGGAGCCCUGGUGAUCAUCAAUGAGUACGGAUCCUGUACCUGCCACCAGCAGCCCGCAAGGGAAUGCGAGGUGUGAUUUUCCCAGUGGCUCUCAACCCGUGCGCUACCAAAUACGCCUGGGCGGCCGGGGCGGCUGGCCAGCGCCAGGCUGGGGUCUCCUUGUCUGUGCUCUGAUAUGCUCCUUGACUGAAACUGUAAGGGGAUAUCUCCCAGAGACUUGACAUUUUAGCUUUAUUGUGUCUUAAAAACAAAAACGAAAUAAAACACAACAAAAACCCUGCCCCACAACCUUCAGGACAGUCAAUCUUAAAUUUCAUAUGAGAACUCCUUCCUUCCUUUGAAGAUCUGUCCAUAUUCAGGAAUCUGAGAGUGUAAAAAA